AUGUCUGACGCAAAGUACUUUCAAAGAGGCAAGAUUCAGGAGCUUCGAGCAGAGCUCACUUCUGAAAAACGUGAUCAGAAGCACCAGCGCAAAAAGACGGUAAUGAAGAAGAUUGUAGCCAAUAUGACCAUGGGCAACGACAUGUCGCCUCUGUUUCCCGAUAUCCUCAAUGUCAUGCAAGUGCCAGUGCUUGAAAUCAAAAAAAUGGUGUAUCUCUACAUUAUCAAUUAUGCCAGAACAAAGCCUGAUAUGGCCGUAAUGGCUAUUUCCAUGUUUAUUAAGGAUGUAGAGGAUCACAAUCCACUUAUUCGUGCUUUAGCUAUUCGUACAAUGGGCUAUAUUCAAGUGGAAAAGAUUGUGGAUGUAUUGGUGGAUCCGCUGAGACACAGCUUGAGGGAUAAGGAUCCCUAUGUUAGAAAGACGGCUGCUACAUGUGUUGCCAAGCUCUACAUGUACGACCGUGUGCUGGUGGAGAGCGAACGCUUUGUGGACAUGUUGAGGGAUUUAUUGGCUGAUCCCAAUCCAACAGUCGUAGCUAAUGCUGUCGCUGCCUUGACUGAAAUCUCGGAGCGCUCUGAUAGUAUUCAAUUAAGAUUGAAUCAUUCCAUUGCUAGUAAACUCGUUGCUGCUUUGGGAGAAUGCUCAGAAUGGGGCCAAACAUACAUCUUGGAAGCACUCAUGUACUAUGUUCCUCAAGAAUCUGAAGAUGCCGAAAUGCUCGCUGAACGUAUUUCACCUCGUUUACAACACGCCAAUUCAGCUGUGGUCUUGACAGCCACCAAAGUCAUGAUGUAUCUCAUGAACUACAUGAACAAUGAGGACGAAAUCAACCAACUCUGUCGCAAAUUAGGGCCUCCACUCGUCACUCUGCUUGCUUCAGGCUACGAAGUGCAGUACGUUGCUCUGCGCAACAUCCAACUCAUCAUUCAGCGAAGACCCGAGAUCCUCAAAAACGACAUCAAGGUGUUCUUUUGUAAAUACGAUGAUCCUAUUUGUGUCAAAUUGGGUAAAUUAGAAAUCAUCUUUCGAUUGGCAAAUGACAAGAAUGUGGAUAUCGUGUUGAAUGAAUUGAAAGAAUAUGCUGCUGAAGUGGAUGUCGAUUUUGUCAGAAAGGCUGUCAGGGCGAUUGGCAGAUUGGCUGUCAAAAUUGAGUCUGCUGCUGAUAGAUGCAUUGCUGCCUUGCUGGAAUUGAUUCAAACCAAGGUCAAUUACGUUGUUCAAGAAGCCAUCAUUGUCAUUAGAGACAUAUUUAGAAAAUACCCCAAUCAGUAUGAAAGCAUCAUUUCUACACUUUGCGAGAAUUUGGAUGAUUUGGAUGAACCCGAAGCCAAGGCAUCGAUGAUCUGGAUUAUUGGUCAGUAUGCGGAUAGAAUUGAAAAUGCAGAUCAAUUGCUAGACGACUUUUUAUACACUUUCUUGGAAGAGCCUUAUGAGGUUCAAUUGGCAUUGUUGACAGCCACUGUCAAGUUGUUUGUCCAACGACCUACAGUGGGCCAAGAAUUAGUCCCCAAAGUCCUUAAAUGGGCUACUGAAGAAGUUGAUAAUCCAGAUUUACGUGAUCGUGGCUACAUCUAUUGGCGUUUACUGUCCACAGAUCCUGCUGCAGCCAAAGCAGUUGUCUUGUCUGACAAACCCGCUAUCACCACUGAAAGUGAUAACCUGGAUCCCAACUUUUUAGAUGAGCUCUUGCUUCAUGUCGGCUCGCUCGCCUCCAUCUACCACAAGAGUCCUACUGCCUUUAUCAAUCGUUAUAAGCCUCGCUAUUUGCUACCCUCGCCAGCUCUUCAAAAGAGAAGUGAUAAUAACCAAACAGUGCUUCAGCAACAAGAGCAACAAUAUCAAUUGCAACAACAGCAACAACAGUUAUUGCAACAACAGCAGCAGCUUCAACAGCAACAGCUGCUCCAACAACAACAACAACAACAGCAGUUGCAACAACAACCCAAUUUGAUGGCUCAAUUCAAUGAUUGGAGCUAUAAUGCUGCAACAAGUAGUAAUCGAGUCGUAUCGAAUCAAACCAAUAACCCAUAUUCCACAGAUCUGCUACAGUAA